AUGAUUGUUCUUCUCGCCACUACUGAGAACAAGAACAGCGCUCAGAGCGUCUUUGUAGAGUUUCAGAACACUUCUGGGUGGCCAACCGACGGGAUCGCCUUCUGGGUGGGCAUCAUUACGGCCUGCGCCGGAUUCGGCGGCAUUCAUUCCGUUGUCAUGUUCAGUCAAGAGACCAGAGACGCAGCAAACAACAUCCCUAGAGCACUCUUGUACUCGCUGAUUAUCAACGCACUGCUAUGCCUUCCAUGGGUGCUCGCAUUGCUCUUCUGUACCGGCAGCUUGGAUUUGCUCCUGCAGUCUCCAGUCAGCUUUGUGAGCCCGAUGGCGCAAAUUUACCUGAACUCAACCCAAAACGUCUCAGUGGCAGUUUUCCUGCAGGUUAUGACCUUCACGGUCGGCGCUGGUGCGAGCAUGAACCUCGUCGGCUCAGCCGGGCGCGCCAUCCACUCGGCCGCCUUGGAUGGCGCGCUGCCCCCGGUAUUGUCCAAGAUUCAUCCAAAGUGGAAUGUUCCGGUGCGGGCUCUAUUGGUGACAUUUGUUGCCCUGUGUCUGAUCUGUCUGAUCUACAUAUGGAACACUACGGCCUUCUUCGCCUUUUUGUCAGCUUUUCUAAUCCUACAGAUGGUUUCGUAUAUCAUUCCCAUCGGGCUGCUGAUGUACCGAUCCAUCGGCGGAGAGUUUGAACUGGGGCCCUGGCAAAUAGGCCGGUUCCGUGUUAUCGUUCACACCAUGUCAGUGGUAUGGUGCGCCCUCCUCAUCGUUUUCCCGUCAUUUCCGACUACGCUGCCGGUGAAGGCGUCCAACAUGAAUUACUCGAUCGUGAUUGUUACAGGCAUCUUCGCUUUUGCGACCAUUCUUUACUUCGCUUACGCUCGGGGCCGGUUUACGGGGCUGAAGUUGGAAACCUUGGUCGGCAUUAGGGCUGGCGAGAAAUAA